AUGGCGAGCGUUGUGAGGAGACAUCGUUCGAGAUCGCGAUCACCUGCACGAAACAGAGGAAAUCGAGACGAUCGUGAUAACGAAAGAGAACGUGAUAGGCGAAGUCAACGCAGGGAGUAAGUUGUAAAAUAGAAGGCCUUUUUUUCAGUUACAGAUCGAAACUAAUCACAAAUUUUGGAGUUCGAAAGGGAACCAAAGUGUCGUAAAGUGAUUUGCUAAUAAAUAGUUCUGCACCACUAAGGGAAAGUGAUUCAUGUAAUAGGGCAUGGACCUUGACUCUUACAUAAUUUCCUUAGCUUCGGAAAUAAAAUCAAAGGUGGAAAACGAAAGGAACUCUUAUCUCGAUCAGCAAUGAAGGCGAACAGCAGUAGUAAUUUUAGCCUAUAACUCAAACGAAGUUCUUUUUGUUAUCAAUUCAAAUAUAAGAAUAAUUUAUUCUCCUUUUAAGAUUUCUGACCACAACCAUUGAGAAUUGUUCGAAAUGCAUUCUUUAAGCGAGCCAGAAAUUUAUGCAUCCUUAGAACAUUGAAAGGGAGUAACUAUCCUGAUUUCUGUUUAGCUCUUAAAAGAGUGAACAUUUUCUCCAAAUAUUAAUUCAUGUUCUGUUGGGGGAAAAUUACUUGAAUGUACUUCAAUUUGAUUGGUAGAGAACAUGCUGAUUUAGCCACUGAUUGGCUUAACUAGCUUAAUGUCUGCAAUGGAUUGGUUUCCCAUUGGAAAGGAUAUGUCUGAGAAAAAAAAGAAUGGCUGUAUCAAUUAGUUACAAACUGUAUUUCAAAGCUGUGAAUUCUUAUGCUUACUUUGAUGAGAUAAGAUGAACAGGCAAAUGUUUUCCCUAUUUUGCUUGCAGCAAAUUAAUGUUGAUGUCUGCUCAAAGAAAUAUAUUGUCUAAUUUAUAGUUUUUUUCAUUGUUAAUUUACCACUUUGCUCCUUAGUUUGAGAAGUUUAUACAUCUUGUACAUGUAGCUAGUGAUAGAACAGUGUCAUUAAUCUAAAUCACAAGUUUUUCUUGUGCUGUUACACCUGUUCCUCUGAAUUUUUGUCUACCAAAGUACUUUGUCUUCCAAACAGUUGAACUUUGAGUAAUAUCUUCUUAUUUAAGCAAGCAUCUAGAACCAAGAAAUAACAGAGUGGAUGGUGGAAGGAGGAGCCAUCAUCAAGACACAAGUCAUGGAGUAAGUUUAGCUGAGCAUUUGGUAAUAAAUGAACUUGUUGAGCAAUAAAUGAAAGUUUUUUUAUUUCACCCCUGUUUACAGAGUUACAAGAAGCGAUUUCUUUUUAUAUGCACAACACUUUCACAUUGCUAAUCCUAGCUGUAUACAGGAUAUUUGUCAUGAUUUUGAACCCAAUUACUGCCUAGUUCAUCAUAGAGUGUCUUUGGCCAAGCAGUAGCCCAUCAAAAUGCAAAAGUGUGGGGUUUAAUUUCUCAUGGAGAUGCAGAAUUUUUUCUUUGUCCCAGGCUCGCAACACGAGGGAAAAAAACAUCUGUUUCUAUUUCUUUCCUAGGCUCAAAAAACAUUUUUACCAUCACUCAUAUUCUAUUUGCACAAGAUGCAAUUAAUACAACAUAACCUAAAAUAAUUUUCUUUUCACUAGUUUCCUAAAACUUUUUUCACUUGUUGUAGUCUUCUUAGAACUACAUAACAUUUUUAUGUUCUAGACACAGCUACGUUUCCUUUUUUUAUCUUAGCUGGAAAAACUGGUUACUCUUGGCAAAUUACCAUGGACUAUGAGUUGUUAUUUAGUUAUUGUCAUGCUUUUCAUUUUAAUCAGAGUAGAUCUGCCAGUAGAAGAGAAUGGGACAAAGAUAAGUAUCACAAUGAAAGAGCUCCUGAAGGUUGGUGGAUAGAAACCUUUUUUUUCUGUUUUAUCCAUUACAUUGCCUUUCAAUUGAAUGGCUCAAAUGAUUAAACCAUAUUUAAAAUUGGAUAAUUUUAUUUUUCACUUUUUUCAAUGCUUUUUAAGAGGAACAUCUUUAAUGACUGAGUAUGUGAAGGGUACAAUUUUUAAGGAACAUGUGAUUGUCUGGGUACUUUAGACAGAAGAGGGCAAGUAAAUUUAUAAAGUCCAAUCUGCCACACACCUUGUGCAACUGAAUUUUGUCACUUAUUAUGAAAGCUACCAAAGGAAGGAAACACUUAGACUCCUCAAAACAAUAUCACUACCUAAAAAACUUUGUGUUCAAUGUAAUUCCUACCCUCUUAACUAUUUAGUUUUAAUUUCAAAUUGUCUUUUAAAGUAAAAUGUUACAACUUAUUGAUGAUAAAUUUUGCAUUAUUUUCUCAAGAUGUGACUAAUAAUUUUUUUAUCUGUUCAGCCUCUCAUCCAGAGAGAAGAUACCACAACAGAAGGCAGGAAAGGCAACAUUCACCAACUGAGUAAGCAUCAUUUUCAGAAUGUAUGAUGUACCAUUUAAUGCUAUAAUAACUUACACUAUAACUGGUUAUGAGGUAACCCAUGUCCCACCAAUUCUGAUAUUGUGGGAGGGGAGAGGGAGGGGUUUGGUUUGUAUCUCUAAAAUAAAAAACCACUUUUAACGACAUUCAAAUGUAUUCUUAAAGAGUCGUCAAGUCCAAUAAUAAUUAUUACACAUACAAAUACAUCUUUGUCCAAGGGUGUCAAGUAUUUGAUUGCCUCACAUUUCCUUUCCAUGUGGUAAUGUUUCUCAGUAUUCAUGGUUGGCUUUUGUAAUUAAUUUGCUCAUCUAACUCUUUUGGCUUUUGAACUCUUUCACAUUUUCUCAUUCAUGUAGCAAAUUACUCCUACUCUAUCUCAGCACAGUGUACAUGUACAAUUAUAAUGUUAAAUUUCGAUAUGUAAAGGGUUUCAGAGUUGUAAAAUUACAUGUAGCUUGUAAUGCUUUUGCACACUCAGUAAAUAAUCCUGGGCUUGUUAGUUCCAAUAUUUUGUUAGGCCUCUUUUUUCUUCCAAAGAUGUCCAUUUGGUAGAUGACUAUUUUUUCUUGUAUGCUUAUGUUUGGUUUUCUGGAUUAAAUACUGAAUAUUUCUUUCUUGUAAGGCACAAAAAAAAUAACUUGAUCAAACUCAGGGGAUUUCUGUCAGUAAUAAAUGGAAGAACAACACAUCCUAAUUUAUGGAUGAUUAUGUUUAAAACUUUUUAUACCUAUUUCUUUGUCAUAAAUUUAAAGAAUUCUCUUAAUGUAUUCAAAUCCAAAGGCAUCAAAGACCUGCUGAGGACAGUGGUGGACAAGAUGGAAACCUUGAACCAGAUGGUCCCAAUUACAAUCUUUCAGGAAAAUUAACAGAAUAUUCAAACACUUACAAGGUAAUGACACCUGUUAGUCAAUACAAAUUCAAUAAAUUUGUCAUUCUGCUUUUAUUCCACUCAGAAAAAAUUUUUGGUUUCUGUCUUAAUUGAUGGUACAUUUGGAGUAAAAUCCUUUAGCACUGGACAUUUACAUAUUUGCUUGGUACUUGAUUUGAUGUUUGGGUUUGAUGUUAAUUCUUAUACAUUCAAUUCACUCAUUCAAUCUCUUUUCUGAUUGGCUGAAAGCAUACAAUGAAUUUUUUAAAUCAAACCCUGGGACACAUCUAUCUGCAGAUUAUACAAUAAUCAUGUGUCAAGGACACUCAAGGCCACAGCUAAUCAUGUCUGCAGUGCAUGAUUUCUAAGGGUAAUCUUGAGAUGGUAUGCCAACCUUCCAAAAUGAUUGUUGACCGCUGCCAACAUAAAUUCUUUUUUGAUGACAAGUUUCUGAUUUCCAGUUGCAAGUCUCUAUUCUGUAAAUUUUUGAGCUUUGAGCACUGACUAGUAUAUACUUCUUGAAAUGCAUUGCUGUUCUUGGGAUUAUUCAAGUGAUACAAAUUCAUUAAAUGUAAACAAUGUUUAGCAGUCUAAAGGUUGAUAUCAGUAACAUUAUUUGUUCCCAUAUAUGAUUUUCUUAUAUUCACAGUCACUGAUACAUCACUUCAGGGGUUUAUCACAAACUGACAUAAUGACCAGCUCCCAGAUGGCUUGUUAGCACAGUUGGUAGAGCACUCCAUCAGUACCAUAGAGGUCAUGGGUUCAAUUCCGUACAGGCCUGAAUUUUUAUUUUCAGGCCCUAUUUUCACUACUGCUUAAGUAGUGUUCAUUACUGCAAAGAUUGCUUUCAUGUUCAUUUCUUAAACUGCAGUUCACAUAAUUAUAUGAUUUUCAUAUAUUCACAGUUAUUGAUUGUUUGUUGUUUCAAGGGUGUGGUCAUCAAAUAUAAUGAACCCAUAGAGGCAAGGAAGCCAAGGACAAGAUGGCGUCUUUAUCCUUUUAAAGGAGAGGAGGCAAUGUGUAUGUACCUGAAGGCUCAAAAAUGUUUUGUCCUAGCCUCCUCGGAUUAUUGCAUAUCACUGAAAUUAACACCCCUUGUGAAAGCCAAAAUGAAGCCAGCUCCUGUAAUGAAUACCCCUUAUUGGAGUCUCAACUGUUUUGUGUUUCUUGUCUUCACAACUGUGUUCCAGCUGAUUUUAGUUGGCGAGAAGAGUCCAUGUACUCCAUUUAGGACAAUGUUGGAGGUUGUUUUUUUGGGGGCCUCUCUCAUUAAUCACCUGGCAACUUACUCUGUUUACCCUGGGAGGGAUUUACACCAUUUAUUUUACUUUGAUGUGAGAAAUAUAAAAAAAUUUUUUUUGUAGCUGUUAUGCACAUUCACAGACAAAGUGCUUACUUGAUUGGAAGACAGAGACAUGUAAGUUUGUCAUUAUACUUGUUAACCAAAAAUCUAAAAUAAUAAAUUAUCAAAAGAUUGCAAAAGUUACAAGAGAUUUUGAGACUUCUUUGUCAUUGUUAUAUGUAAAACAUUUAAAUAUUUUUACAUUUACUUGUUGCUCAAUCAAACAGGAUUGGCUAGUUAUCUCCUUUAUUUACAUUUUUCAGAUAGUUGAUAUCGCAGUAGAUCACCCAUCGUGUUCAAAACAGCAUGCAGUUCUCCAGUACAGACUAGUAGAUUAUGAAAAGCCAGAUGGUACUUCUGGCAAAAGAGUCAAGUAUGUUUUUCAUUGCUGUAGAGGUUUUUGAGUGUUCCUGGAAACAGAUUUAACAAUGCAAAUGAAAAAUUUGCAUGCUUCUGAUUGGCACACAAGUGCAAAGUUGUAACAUGAGUGCAAAUUACAAAUAGUGCGCACACACUUUCAAAAUUUCAUCUUCAUUGUUAUUAUGCCUGAUGCAGUGCCUUGACUUUCUUUGAUGUUUUUUCAUAUACAUUAUUAACAAGUAAUAACAUUAUUUCUCUUGUAAUUUUGUGUAGUAAAACCUUGCAAAUUUUUCAAAGACUACAAAUUGCAUUUGUGCAUUAGCAUUCAUGCAAUUUUGUUGUCUUUAAGAAAUUCACUUGUGCUUAUUAACACCAAAUUGCACUCAACAUCCUGCUAUUACCUAUAUACUUAUUAUGAUUGUUAGAAAAAAGGCAAGUCGUUUUUACUCUAUGUGUAGUGGUAAGCUAUUGUUACCAUCAUUUAAAUUCUUCAAAGCUCAAUGCCAAGCUUAUAUACAGGAAAUUGCAUUGAAUGUGCAAGCAUAUAGCAAUGUGUAAACACAAGUGAUAUUUGGAAAGUUUUUAAAAUUACUCAAGCUGUGGACAUAAAGUACGAUAGGGAAAAAAUUUAAACCCACAUGAGACCAUACACAUAAUUAUGUCUAACAGUUUUAUAUGAUGUUUUGUGUGUUAUAGUGUAACGCUCAAAUUUGUAAUAGUUUUAUCCCAGGAAAUAGAUGAUGCUGACGGCAAUAAUGACGAUGAUGAUAAAGCGUUCAUUUAUUCUUAGUCUUGACUAGCAAAGAUCUGUUGAUUUCCAACUGCUAGGCCCUUCCCGUCACUUCAGUAAAAUUUAUAACUUAUUUGAAUCUGUUGAGCAAAAUUCCUAGGCCCUUAUUGAGGCACUGGCAGUCAGUUUGCAGUAUUAUAAUUUCUGUCAUUUUUACUUUGUUUUUGGUGUUUUUUUUGUUUGUUUCUUUUUCAUCUGUAGACCAUAUAUCAUUGAUCUGGAAUCUGCAAAUGGAACAUUCCUCAACAACCAGAAAAUUGAGCCCAGAAGAUUCUAUGAGUUGAAAGAAAAGGUAACGGCUUUAUUUAAGCGGGGACGAAGAAAUAAACUGCAGACGAGCUUCCAUAUGUGACGAGACGUAAGCCGAGUCUCAAAACUCAGGGCUUCGUUUUCUAGUUUAAAAUACUGGGCAAGGAUCGUCAUGUUUCUGUCUCUGCUUUCCACUUCACGUGCGUAUGUUUGUAACACCCCUUUUAUUUCAAAGAGGGCACGUUAAACUUGCAAUCUGAUUAAUUCUUAGGGAAGGCAAUAUUCUCCAAUUUGUUUACAAAAAUGAACCUGUUCCUCUCUUGGUCACGCCUGUGGCCUCGGGUAACACUUUCAAGACCGCGGUCACAGUUUUCACCAGAGGCACCUCCCAGCCGGCAUUUGCAAUGUAAUGUUUCCUUGUGGUAUAUUAAUAAUUAUGUAAUUCUUAUUUCUUGUAGGAUGUUCUUAAAUUCGGCUUCAGUACCAGAGAGUAUGUGAUUCUAACGGAGAAAUCUCAGGUUGACGAUGAUGACGAUGAAGAACCAGCUGAAUGAUACAGAACACUGCGAGUGUUAAAAGAUAUAAAAUUCUUAGCUUUACUUUUGUUCACCAUGAGAGUUCAAAAAUAAUUCAGAUAGCUCCGCCAAGCCACGAGGGAAAAAAAAGGGCCACAUUUUUGUUUUCCACAAAUGAAGGAGAAGAAGCUCAGAGGAGUAGUGUCACCGUCCAUGAACUCUUUAUGGAGAUGUUUACCAAAAUUUCUUUUUUAUCGCUUGAAGACUGAUUUCAGUUUGUCGCGGAAAAGCACAAUUUUGCGAUUGUUGUCGAAGUAGAUCUUUUUUUAUAUAUAUAUAUUUACUUAGGAGUCGAGCUGUGUGAGACAUUUCCUUCACACUUAAUAGAUAAAAUAAAUAGAAAAAGGUCCCAUUAUUUCUCUCGGUAAAACGGGAAUGACGUUUAUCGCUCGUAGACAAGUGUUCGUUAUGUGGUCCUCUGUAGAGGUUGCACUUCCAAUACAGCUGGCUCUAUGUAAGUUCGCAGUCUACUUUUUAAUUUUAUGUAAAUACUCCUUCGCAUUUCAUGGGGGUCGACAGGCACACCGCCUGGUUGAGAAGCAGCUUUACGACGGUGUCUACAGCUUUUACGAUGCGUCUACUGCCAUGUACAGGUCUGUUUCAUCUUUAUGGAAAAGAGACAACGAGCAGUGUUUAUCUCAGAAAUUAUUCCUUAUGGGCACAUUUUACUAUUCUCUUAAAACAGUUAGUAAUAAAAGAUUAUGCUCAAGUUACAGUAAUGUUAAUGUUGAUCCUACCGAAAGUGAGGAGUGGAAGUGAGGGUUUUUGCUUACGACAUUGUACUUAUCAGUUUGUGUGAGUGACUUUCGCCUUUUUAUGCUUGUUAAGAAUGUUUGUCGUGCUUAAAACUAGUAGAUCAGAGAUGAUGGCUGUUGUCAAUUUGUUGUAACUUUUGUCUCCUAGUUAGCAUUGCAGGCCGGGAUAUGUUAUCUGACAUCCUUUAUCGAUUUUCGCCAUCCAGAAGAAGCCAUUCUCUUACUUAUCAUAGUUUUCUUAUUCUUUUCACUCAAAUUUACCGCUGGUGAUUUUGCAAAUAGUCCUCGCCUCGCAAAAUGCAAAAGGACAUACAAAAUCAAUCUUGUAGUCACGUCCCGCCGGUGUUGCACCUUUCAACAUAACUCAUUAUGUGAGAAAAUUUUAAAAAUUUGUUUCUGUAUUUUUUAUUUGCUCGUUAAACAGGGAUAAGAGGAGUACCUUCAACUUUUCAACAGUUCUUUAAUGAACAGG